AUGGCAAAGCCGGGCGUUUCCAAAAAGACCAAGCAACCCUCGGUCCACUCCAGAGCGGCGAGGCGCGCGACGGACGUCGACAUCGACACCGACAAGUCUCUCAAGAACGUCAAGGCCCCAGUGGAAUCAAAAGACUACCGGCCGUCAGUCCUGGCCGCGCAAACCAAUGCCGGCGUUUCCAAGAAGUCCAAAAACCGCAAGGCGCAGGUGAGCGCCAAGGCAAAGAAGAGAAACGAAAAGGCGAUGGACCGCGCGGAGGCCAUCAUGGAGCGGACGUCCAACAAGAUCGAGAAGAGCAAGAGCAGAUCGCGGAGGAUUCAGACGCGGAGCAAGCAGUGGGACGACAUCAACAAGGACCUGCCUGUAGUGAAGAAAUUUCCCGACGAGGAGGACCUUGAGGUGGAGGAGCGCAAGACCAGGGCGGCUGUUGUGGUCGCGGACAAGGACUGGGAGACGGACGAGGAAAUGAACGGCGUCGAUGAGGACUCUACAGCCGCUGUCGCCGAAGCUGUGCAGGCCGCUCCGGCCAAUGAUGAUAUCGACGAGGAGAUUCUAUAG